UCCAAUCCAUUCUUUUAUCAAAAAUGGCUCUGUCCAACCCCGCUCUCAAGGCAAACGUCGUGCGGCCCGUCCUCGCUCGUUCGGCCACAAACUACAACAACGGCUAUCCGGCGGCCCCCAUUGCUGCAACGUCGGUACAUGAUGAGAGCCAGCUGGUAGAUGCUGUGCUCGAGCUCGCUGAUGGAACCGUGUUCCGUGGGAUCAGCUUCGGCGCAGAGGGCAAGAGCGUCGCUGGAGAGUGUGUCUUCCAGACCGGUAUGGUUGGAUACACCGAGUCUCUCACAGAUCCCUCGUACGCAGGUCAGAUUCUCAUUUUGACGUACCCCCUCAUUGGAAACUACGGAGUACCCCCUCGCCCCAAGGAGGCUUUGGUGGACGAUAUUCCACAAGAAUUCGAGUCCUCACGUGUUCAUGUCGCUGCGCUUGUGGUCGGCUCGUACUCUGAGGACUACAGCCACUUCCUGGCAGGCUCCUCUCUAGGACAAUGGCUCAAGGAGAGCGGCGUCCCCGCCAUCUUCGGCGUCGACACGCGCGCGCUGACGAAAAGGAUCCGGGAGAAGGGAUCCAUGCUUGGGAAGAUCCUGGCGAGGAGAGCAGACGCUCGUGCCUCGCUGACGUCGUCAUCGUCUGUGCCCUUGUCUCGCGCUCCGUCCCCGCCGGCAGGUACUCCCGCUGCCUCCGCGCGUUGGCGCGAGGAUUAUGUCGACAUCCCGUUCUCGGACCCAAAUCAAGAAAAUCUCGUCGCUGCUGUGUCGACGAAGACCCCGCGGCUCUUCAAGCCUGUGACAGAACCCAAAAUGCACCCGACGGGGUCGCGCCCGCUCCGCGUCCUCGCGGUCGACGUCGGUAUGAAGUUCAACCAGAUCCGCUGCUUCACGCACCGCGGUGUGGAGCUCAAGGUUGUACCUUGGGACUACGACUACCUCGCGGACAGUGAGGAGCCGUUCGACGGCUUGUUUAUCUCGAACGGUCCCGGCGACCCUACGAUGGUCGCUCCCGCGAUCGCACGCCUCGCGCGCGCAAUGGAAAAGGCCGACAGGCCGAUCUUCGGCAUUUGUCUGGGCCACCAACUACUUGCCCUUGCGGCGGGUGCAAAGACGUCGAAGAUGAAGUAUGGCAACCGCGGGCACAACAUCCCCUGCACGGACGCGCUCAGCGGGCGAUGCUACAUCACGAGCCAGAACCACGGAUAUCAGGUCGAGGCAGCGUCGCUGCCCGAGGGGUGGCGGGAGCUGUUCCAGAACGCGAACGACGGCAGCAACGAGGGCAUCUACUGUGUCGACAAGCCGUUCUUCUCCGUUCAGUUCCACCCCGAGUCCACUCCCGGGCCGCGUGACACUGAGUUCCUGUUCGAGGUGUUCAUCCAGAACAUCAUUGAUUGUGCAACCACUGGCGCUCUCGUGCCCAUCUCGAUGCCGGGGGGCAGCAAGGAGCAGAACGAGGCGCGGGUGCCUCGCGCGGACGUGCAGAAGGUGCUCAUCCUCGGUUCUGGAGGCCUCUCUAUCGGCCAGGCAGGGGAGUUCGACUACUCGGGCUCGCAGGCAAUCAAGGCGCUCAAGGAGGAGGGCAUCUACACCAUCCUCGUGAACCCGAACAUUGCGACGAUCGCAACGUCUCGCGGGCUUGCGGACAAGGUGUACUUCUUGCCCGUCACCCCGGAGUUCGUGCGCAAGAUCAUCAAGUACGAACAGCCCGACGGGAUCUACGUCACGUUUGGCGGGCAGACCGCGCUCAACGUCGGCAUCAAGCUCAAGGACGAGUUCGAGAGCUUGGGGUGCAAAGUCCUGGGCACGCCGAUCGACACGAUCAUCAUGACUGAGGACCGACAGCUGUUCGCAAGCGCGAUGGAGGAGAUCGGGGAGCGGUGUGCGCAGUCGAGCACGGCAACGACGGUCGAGGAGGCGAUCGCUGCUGCGAACACGAUCGGGUACCCGGUCAUCGUGCGCGCGGCGUACGCACUGGGCGGGCUUGGGUCGGGCUUCGCGCAGAACGAGCAGCAGCUGAAGGCGCUGUGCAGCAAAGCGUUCGCGACGAGUCCGCAGGUGCUGGUGGAGAAGAGCAUGAAGGGCUGGAAGGAGAUCGAGUAUGAGGUCGUGCGCGACUGCCGCGACAACUGCAUUACCGUGUGUAAUAUGGAGAACUUCGAUCCGCUUGGGAUCCACACUGGGGAUUCCAUCGUAGUGGCGCCUUCGCAGACGCUGUCGGACGCCGACUACAACAUGCUCCGGACGACCGCCAUCAACGUUAUUCGGCACCUAGGCGUCGUGGGCGAAUGUAACAUUCAAUACGCCUUGAACCCGACGUCUCGCGAGUACUGCAUCAUCGAGGUCAACGCCCGUCUGUCGCGCUCAUCCGCGCUGGCGUCUAAGGCGACGGGGUACCCGCUGGCGUUCAUCGCGGCCAAGCUCGGGCUCGGGAUCCCGCUGAACGAAAUCAAGAACUCGGUGACGAAGGUGACGUCGGCGUGCUUCGAGCCGAGCUUGGACUACGUUGUGGUGAAGAUCCCGCGGUGGGACCUGAAGAAGUUCAGCCGGGUGAGCCGGCUGCUGAGCAGCAGCAUGAAGAGCGUGGGCGAGGUGAUGAGCAUCGGGAGGUCGUUCCAGGAGACGAUACAGAAGGCGAUCCGGGCUAUUGAUGACCAAUUCUCCGGGUUUGCGAAGAAUGACUUCGUGGAGGAUAUCGACGAGGAGCUGAUGAACCCGACGGAUAAGCGCAUCUUUGCUAUCGCGACGGCCUUCCAUCGUGGAUACAGCGUCGAGAAGAUCUGGCAGAUGACGAACAUCGACAAGUGGUUCCUGACCAAGUUGCAGUCAAUCCACAAGAUGGAACAGCAUCUCUACCAAACCAGCAUCAACUCCGUUGACGAGGAUAUACUUCGUCAAGCGAAGCAGCUUGGGUUCUCUGACCGCCAGAUCGCUACCUGCAUGGGUACGACGGAGCUCGCUGUCCGUCGUCUGCGUCAGGAGCACGGUGUUGCGCCUUUCGUCAAGCAGAUCGAUACCGUUGCAGCGGAGUUCCCCGCAUUCACGAAUUACCUGUACACUACGUACAACGCCGUCGAGCACGACAUCACCUUCGACGACUGCGGUGUCAUGGUCCUCGGCUCCGGUGUGUACCGCAUCGGUUCGUCUGUCGAGUUUGACUGGUGCGCCGUCCGUGCCAUCCGUACGCUUCGGGAUCAGGACCUCCCGACAGUCAUGGUCAACUAUAACCCGGAGACCGUUAGUACGGACUACGACGAGGCCGACCGGUUGUACUUCGAGAACAUCAGCUUGGAGACGAUCCUCGACAUAUACGAUACCGAGCGCUCUCGGGGAGUCAUCAUCUCUAUGGGUGGCCAGACGCCGAACAACAUCGCGCUCCCGCUCUAUCGUCAGAACGUCAAGAUAUACGGCACGUCUCCCGAAAUGAUCGACACGGCGGAGAACCGAUUCAAGUUCUCCCGCCUCCUGGACGAGAUCGGCGUGGACCAGCCGCUCUGGAAGGAGCUGUCGAGCUUUGGGGAGGCGCAUGCGUUCUGCGAGAAGGUUGGGUACCCGGUGCUUGUUCGACCAUCUUACGUGCUCUCCGGUGCUGCGAUGAACGUCGUCUUCAGCCAAGACGACCUCAGCAGCUACCUCUCUCAGGCCACUGCUGUUUCUCGCGAGCACCCGGUCGUCAUCACGAAGUACAUCGAGGGCGCAAAGGAGAUCGAGAUGGAUGCGGUCGCGAAGGACGGAAAGGUCAUCAUGCAUUACAUCUCAGAGCACGUCGAGAACGCUGGCGUCCAUUCGGGCGACGCCACCCUUAUCCACCCGCCUCAAGAUCUUGAUCCCGAAACGGUCCGCCGCAUUGAGGACGCGACGUACAAGAUCGGUAAUGCGCUUAACGUCACGGGUCCGUUCAACAUCCAGUUUAUUGCAAAGAACAACGAGAUCAAGGUCAUCGAGUGCAACCUCCGAGCGGCGCGCUCGUUCCCUUUCGUCUCGAAGGUCACCGGCAUCGACGCGAUUGAGAUGGCGACGAAGGUCAUGUUGAGCAUUCCCGUGGAGCCGUACCCCCACGUCCCUCUUCCCCCGGAUUACGUUGGUGUCAAGGUUCCGCAGUUCAGCUUCAGUCGUCUUUCCGGCGCCGAUCCUGUCUUGGGUGUUGAGAUGGCGUCGACGGGAGAGGUGGCCUGCUUCGGGAGAGACAAGUACGAGGCCUAUCUCAAGGCGCUCAUCUCCACGGGUAUCGUCUUGCCGAAGAAGAAUAUCCUGUUCUCCAUUGGCAGCUUCAAGGAGAAGCUCGAGAUCUUGCCUGCUGUUCAGAAGUUGCAUGCUGCUGGCUACAACCUCUUUGGUACGUCGGGUACGGCAGACUUCUUCACCGAACACAACGUUCCGUGCAAGUAUCUGGAGAUCCUGAACGAGGACAGCGAUCAGAAGUCCGAGUACUCCCUCACGCAACAUCUCGCCAACAACCUCAUCGACAUGUACAUCAACUUGCCGUCGAAGAACCACUACAGGCGCCCUGCGAGCUAUGCUAGCAAGGGUUAUCGUACCCGUCGUAUGGCUGUCGACUUUGCUGUUCCCCUUAUCACUAACGUCAAGAUCGCGAAGCUGCUCUUUGAGGCACUUGUUCGUAAGAUGCCUCUUGAGGUCUCGCCGGUCGAUUUCAAGACCUCCCACGACACGCACACCUUCCCUGGUCUGGUCAACAUCGCCAGCUUUGUCCCUGAUCUCACUAUGGCGGGUGAAGACUUUGCCAACGCGACGAAGGCCUCUAUCAGCGGAGGCUUCGUCACUUCGCUCAUUCUCCCUGUCGGUCUCGAGACGAGGAUCACGGAUAGGGCGAGUCUCGAUAAGGCAGCCAGCAAUAUAGCUGGCUCGGCAUACUGCAACUAUGCGAUGAGCAUCACCGCGACCCCUGCCAAUGCCGGCGCACUGGAUGACGAACUUGAAGCCGACGUCAAGUCGCUCUUCCUACGCUUCCGGUACGGAGAGCCAGACAGCCAGAUCACCGCCGCGGCCACCCACUUUGCGACGUGGCCGUUCGAGAAGCCUAUAGUCACCGACGCGCGUGGUGCUAAUCUCGCUCCGAUCCUCCUCUUGGCCGACCUUCAUAACAAGUCCCUUCACGUGACGAAUGUGCAAACCAAAGAAGACAUGUUGCUGAUCUCGCUCAGCAAGGGCAAGAAGCUGAACGUCACCUGCGACGUUUCUGUGUACGCCCUGUUCUUCACGAGGGAGCAGUUCCCUGGGGUGACCUGCCUACCCACCGCCGAGGAUCAACAGUACCUCUGGAACAACCUCGAGUCCAUUGACGUCUUCUCUGUCGGCCGUGUUCCCUAUGAGCUUGCAACUCAGCUCGGGAAGGAAGCCUCUGCGACAUCGGGUAUUGAGGAGACGCUUCCGUUGCUCCUUGGGGCGGUCGCGUCAGGUCGCCUUACCCUUGAUGAUAUCUGUAUACGACUGCACGAUAACCCUCUUCGCAUCUUCGCCCUUCCUGACCAAAGCCACGCCAACGUUGAAAUUGUCGUCGGUCGUAAGUACCAGUUCCACAGGCGUUCGCAUGCGUGGUCUCCACUCGAAGGCACCGUCGUCAACGGUUCCGUCCAUCGCGUUCAGAUCCACGGCCAGACCGCCUACCUCGACGGAGUCUUGUCGAGCGCACCUUUGGGCAAGGACAUCUCCGCGGCUGUGAUCAGUCACGCUCCUAUCGAGAGGAGAGGGUCAAUCUCAGGCGCAAAACCGGAAGUCUCGAGUUUCGCGCCGCGGUCUUCUGCCGAUGCAUCCGCACAGACACAGCAGCUCGUUGCGCAGUCUACCACCCUGUCCUCGACCGCUCUGGCACCGGUUCAGGGCCCUAUGUCCAACACACAGAUUUUCAAUCAUCUUCUGCCACACCCCGCCUUCAAUCGCCGCCACAUUCUCACUGUCAAGCAGUUCAGUCAUCGCGAUGUACACGAUCUGUUCACGCUCGCGCACGAGAUGCAGCUACAGGUCGAGAGAAACGGUACGCUCGACGUCCUCAAGGGCAAGGUACUCGCGACGCUCUUUUAUGAACCCUCUACGCGGACGUCAUCGUCGUUCGAUACGGCCAUGAAGCGCUGCGGUGGAGAAGUCGUUAACGUCCACGUCGACUCCUCGUCCGUUCUUAAGGGCGAGACCUUACCUGACACGAUCCGUACUCUGGGCUGCUACGCUGACGCCAUUGUGAUCCGGCACCCCGACAUUGGCAGCUCGCAGCUCGCAGCGAAGUUCUCUCCUGUCCCGAUCUUGAAUGCUGGAGACGGUAUCGGAGAGCAUCCGACCCAGGCUCUAUUGGACGUCUAUACCAUCCGUUCUGAGCUUGGGACAGUCAACGGGCGCACAAUCACCAUGCUUGGAGAUCUCAAGAAUGGACGGACGGUCCACAGUCUCGUCACCCUCCUCUCGUUGUAUUCGGUGCGAUUGAACUUUGUUGCCCCUCCUUCACUCGCAAUGCCUGCGAGUGUAGUGUCCGCGGCGCGCAAGGCAGGUAUACCGGUUUACCAAUGCGAGUCCUUGGAGGAAGUCCUCGGAGACACAGACGUUCUCUACGUCACAAGAAUGCAGAAGGAGCGGUUCAAGUCCGAGUCGGAGUUCAACGCCGUCAAGGAUGCCUACCGCGUGGACCAUGCGCUUCUAUCACGGGCGAAGGAGGAAAUGAUUGUCAUGCACCCGUUGCCGCGCGUCAAUGAAAUUGACCCUGAUGUCGACUUCGAUUCUCGCCGUGCUGUGUAUUUCCGGCAAAUGCGUUAUGGCCUCUUCAUCCGCAUGGCACUCCUGGCGAGCGUGAUGGGUUGAAUUCAAAUAGAACCAGUCGGACUUUCAGUAACCAUGUAGGAUAGAUCUAUUAGCGAACAAACAAUUGUUGUAGCUAUACACAAUGUAAAAGUAACAUUC